AUUUUGGCUCUGGUGGAUGAUGGCUCAGAGCCAACAUGGCCUGUAAACAACAACAGCAGCGUCAAAGUAAAGUUAACUGAAUGUGAUUGUCGGCGUGUAGUCUAGUUUAAAUUAGAAGAGAUAACGCGUGGUGUUUUUUCAACAAUGCUUCGAAAGUGUAUAUGAUUGACAUCCUGAAGACGGAACAUCAUUCUCUUCAGCGGGUAGCUUGCGAGCCAUGUCCGCACCUCAACCUAACAGCUCAGCCUCCAACAGCCCAACCAACUUCAUAGGUUCUCCUUUUUCAGUGAUAAGUCCUUCUCUCAGCUCCCCAGUGGUAUCUCCCUCUCUGGGAUUUGGACCCAUCAGCAGCAGUCAGAUUUCGUCUUCAGCACCAAUAUCAGGGAUGCAUUCAGUCAGCAGCUCAGAAGAUAUUAAGCCUCCAUUUGGCCUGAGGCCCAUGCAAGCUCACAGCCCGGGAAUAAUGAUGUCUCAGAAACGACUGUGUGUGAUCUGUGGCGACCGCUCUUCUGGCAAACACUACGGCGUGUACAGCUGUGAGGGGUGCAAAGGUUUCUUUAAACGAACUGUGCGCAAAGACCUGAGCUACACCUGCAGGGAUAACAAGGAGUGCCUGGUGGACAAACGCCAGCGCAACCGCUGCCAGUACUGCCGCUACCAGAAGUGCCUGGCCAUGGGUAUGAAGAGAGAAGCGGUAAAUCCUAUAAAGUGGAAAAACAAGGAUGGAAAAGAUGAGGGAUGGAUGACGGUUCAGGAGGAGCGUCAGAGGAACAGAGAGCGCGAGGGAGAGCUGGAGUUCAGCUCCGGAGUGAACGACGAGAUGCCUGUGGAGAAGAUCUUGGAGGCGGAGAUGGCCGUGGAUAUGCGGGUGGACCUUCACUCCGACAGAGGGUCUGCAGGAAACUCUCCCCAUGAUGCCGUUUCCAACAUCUGCCAGACUGCUGACAAGCAGCUGUUUGCUUUGGUGGAGUGGGCAAAGAGAAUCCCUCAUUUCUCCGAGCUGCCCCUUGAUGAUCAGGUCAUCCUCCUGCGUGCAGGAUGGAAUGAGCUCCUGAUAGCCUCGUUCUCCCAUCGCUCCAUCCCUCUGAAGGAUGGCGCUCUGCUGGCGUCCGAGCUGCAGCGUGACAGCGCACACAUGGCCGGAGUUGGUGCUAUUUUUGAUAGGGAGAGUGUGCAGAGUGCAGAAGUUGGUGCCAUAUUUGACAGGGUUCUGACUGAGCUUGUUAACAAAAUGAGAGAUAUGCAAAUGGACAAAACAGAGCUGGGCUGUCUCCGGGCUAUUGUCCUGUUUAACCCAGAUGCUAAAGGGCUCUCCAGCACAAGUGAGGUGGAGCUCCUUAGAGAAAAAGUCUAUGCAUCACUGGAAGCUUACUGCAAGCAGAAGUAUCCAGAGCAGCAGGGAAGGUUUGCUAAGCUCCUCCUUCGACUUCCAGCGCUGAGGUCCAUUGGCUUGAAGUGCUUGGAGCAUCUUUUUUUCUUCAAACUGAUCGGGGACACGCCUAUCGACACCUUCCUCAUGGAAAUGCUUGAAGCUCCCCAUCAGUUGUCUUAGACAGGAGCCGCGUACUGUGGAUUUUAGAAAGCUGGAGUCUGGGGAGGCGGGCGUGGGACUGGAGUGGCACUUUAAGUUCUUUUUAAGAUUUGUCAGUUUGUCUCACUGCUGUCUGCGUUACACAUUAGUGCAGCACAGAUUUGCUCUUUAGACCAAACCCAAGGCUUGGCAUGACCUUCAAGCUGGUGCUAUGUGUUGUCAUAACGUCAUGAGUAAAAAAAAAAACAAAAAAACUAUGGUAAACACAUGAAUAUUUUUAAGAAAAAUAUUUACAUAUUUCUCUCAGAGUGGCUAUAAUUUGGGUACUCAUUUUUAUAAGACUUUUUAAACACCUGAACUCAUCUCUAAUGCCUUUCUUUUUAAUUCAAGAAGGAUGCAUCCUGAAUAACGCUUUGUGAAACAUUUUUUUUUUUUUUAUUUAAAUCAAAUCUAAUAAAGCAUCAUGGUGUCCACAAGCUCCGAAUUGACAGAAUCUGAACCCUGAGAUUGACACCAGGUUGAAAUGAUCCCAGAUUUAAGUUUGCGUCUUGUAUAUACAUUGCUAAAUGUUUACAUAUUUUCCCUUUAAAGCACUGGUGUCAAACUCCAGUCCUGGAGGGCCCACUGCCCUGCCACGUUUAGAUGUGCCUCAGCUGCACCACACCUGAAUAGAAUAAUUAGGUCAUUAGCAAGGCUCUGGAGCACUUAUCUUCACAAGGAGGAGGUAAUUAAGCCAUUUCAUCCCAGUGUGUUGUACCUGUUGCACAUCUAAAAUCUGCAGGACAGCGACCCUUGAGCUUGACAUCCCUGCUUUAAAGCAAUUCAAAUCUAUUCCCUAUUGUAUUUUAUGAGGGGAAUAAACUGCAUAUUUGGGAUUUGUGCUACUUUUAAAACAAACUUUAAACAGACCGCCCUGGCCUUCCCGGCAUUCGGGGUUGGUUCGUUUGUUUGUUGUCGUGGUGCUACUUCAGAGAUGAUUUGGACAUUACUGGUGAAGUUCCACACCAAACCAUAACCUAAGAAAAUAUGCAAAACUAGAAAUUCCUUUUGUCGAUCUUUGUUUUUAAAAUGUAGCAAUAUAAGACGCCUGCAUCAGCCUGUCAGUUAUUCAAUGUUUUGCAGAGAUAAAAAUGUCCAGUGGAAAGGGAAUACUCCAUGAUGUAAUUUAUCUAUACAAUUAUGAGGUACUGUGCUAAACAAAAGGGUCAGGGAAAAUGCACAUAAAAAAAAAUUAGAAUAAUUGCUAAAUUCAAAGUAUAAUGUUAUUAUGCACCCUUGUUUUUAGAUGGAAUAAAGCAAAAUGUGUUUUGGGUUGCACUGGA